UAAAACCAACCACGAGUUGGCGUCGUAUGGGAGAAUCCAUCUUGAAGAGAGCUCUCCGACGGUGUGAUCUGUAAGCGGCUUUUCGGACUUCUUUUGCACCCAUUACGCUUACCUUUGUUUUAAUUUGUCCUGAAAUUAGGGGGAUCAUACUAGUUCAAAAUGUCCGACACCGAGCAGCAGUUUAUGGAAACAUCUGAAAACGGCCACGAAGGCGAUGAGGAUUUUAACGGAGCUGGGCACGUCGAGGAGGCUAAUGACGGCGAGGCUGUGAAUGAAUGCGAGGAGAACGCAGGGCCCGAAGCCUGUGCGGACGAGGCGGAGGGGGGAGAUUCGCAAAACGGUGCCGCGGAGGGCGGACAGAUCAACGCCAGCAAAGGCGAAGAGGAUGCAGGGAAAAUGUUCGUUGGUGGUCUCAGCUGGGACACAAGUAAGAAGGAUCUUAAAGAUUACUUCUCUAAAUUUGGUGAGGUGACGGACUGCACCAUUAAGAUGGACCAGCAGACAGGCCGGUCAAGAGGCUUUGGAUUUAUCCUCUUUAAAGAUGCUGCCAGUGUAGAUAAGGUCCUUGAACAGAAGGAACACAGGCUAGAUGGACGACAGAUUGACCCCAAGAAGGCCAUGGCCAUGAAGAAGGAGCCAGUCAAGAAAAUCUUUGUGGGAGGCCUCAACCCAGACACAGAAAAAGAAGCUAUCCAGGAGUAUUUUGGAACCUUUGGAGAGAUCGAGACCAUUGAGCUUCCACAAGAUCCAAAAACAGAAAAGAGGAGGGGAUUCGUAUUCAUCACGUAUAAAGAAGAGGCUCCUGUCAAGAAAGUUUUGGAAAAAAAAUUCCAUAAUGUCAGCGGGAGCAAGUGUGAGAUUAAAAUAGCCCAGCCGAAAGAGGUGUACCAGCAGCAGCAGUAUGGUGGCCGAGGCUAUGGCGGGCGUGGGAGGGGCCGUGGAGGCCAGGGCCAGAAUUGGAACCAAGGUUACAACUAUUGGAACCAGGGCUACAACCAGGGCUACGGCUACGGACAGCAAGGCUAUGGCUAUGGCGGCUAUGGCAACUAUGACUACACAGCUGGAUAUUACGGCUAUGGGGGUGGCUACGACUACAACCAGGGCAAUACAAGCUAUGGGAAAACUCCAAGACGUGGAGGCCACCAGAGUAGCUACAAGCCAUACUGAUCACAUGUAGUGCAGGUCUAAAGUAAGUAAGAGAAGGAACCCAUGGUCCAACCACAGCGAACAUGGGCUCUGGCUUUUCCUUUGGAGUUGGCUGAAAAUUGGACUCAUGCUCCAUUUGUACAGAUCAAGUGAGGAACUGGGGAAGCAAAUGUCACUUUUCCACUUUUUAUUUUAUAUUGUGUUGUCAUUUACAUUUCCAGAAUUGGAAGUGUUAUUUUUACUGUACUUUUUGGUACCUUUUUGAAUCUAAUGUAUUGUAUGGUUGUAUUUUACAUGUCUACUGGAUUUACCAACAAGCAACAGCAGAGCUUUUAAAGCUCACAAAUAAAUCAAUUUUGCUUUU